UUGCCCGGGCCCCUGCCCUCCUCUCUCUACCGAGCUUGCCCGUCACCUGAGCGAGAGCUUUUCCCUUCCGAACCUGCUUUUGAGCUUUUUCUCUCUCCUCCUUCUUCCUUCCACUUUACCUACCUCCAUCCCAAUCUGUCCUUGUUUCCUAUCUUCUCUUCCUCCCAGUCCAUCACCGUCUAUCCCACAAUCUCCCCUCACAUCAGUCACAAUGGCCUCCACUCGUGUCCGCGCCUCCAGACUCGCCACUCAGAUGGCCACCAAGGCCGCCCGCCCUGCGGUGCGCGUCUCUGCCAUGCCCAAGCGCACCAUCACUGGCUUCUCCAGCCCCCUCCAGGCUGUCAAGCGCCAGCAGGCCACCACCAUCAAGUCCUCCAAGGUCUUCACCCAGGUCCAGGCCAAGCGCGCCUACUCUUCUGAGAUCGCCCAGGCCAUGGUUGAGGUCUCCAAGAACUUGGGUAUGGGUUCCGCCGCCAUCGGUCUUACCGGUGCUGGUAUCGGUAUCGGUCUGGUCUUCGCCGCCCUCCUCAACGGUGUUGCCCGCAACCCUGCCCUCCGUGGCCAGCUCUUCUCCUACGCCAUUCUUGGUUUCGCUUUCGUCGAGGCCAUCGGUCUUUUCGACCUCAUGGUUGCCCUCAUGGCCAAGUUCACGUAAGCGAUUUACUUCGCACUGGCGAGCUGGGGAGAGGCAAGGAGACAGUUUUCGGACGGAGCUGUGCUCUCUUGACCGCCAUCUCCUCUUGGGACAGGUUCGCCUAUGGUUACGCAAUGGAGCAUCAUCCACUCCACACUGCGUGACGAGCUAGAGUUAAUAGAC